AUGGAAAUUUCGGAGUCGAGACCAUCUCCGCCACGGUCUCCGGUCAAAGAGUUGGAAGAACCUGUGGUUCCGCCACCCUCGCCUUUUCUGACAUCCAUUGCGUUGGAGGGCACAGAAAAAGCCACAGUAUUUCAAUCCACGCCUUCAUGCCAGAAAAAAGAAAAAUCUCAGAUUUUCUUGGAAUGCCGUUUUAGGUAAGGUUCAUGUAAUUUGUUGCGUUACAUUCAAUUUGAAGUUGAGAGAAGGUUAUAAGAAAGAUUUCGUUGCAUUUUAAUGCCUUUUAUAUCUAUUCUGUGAAGUUUUUAUUGUUUUAGACAUAAAAUUUUUAAUUUUUUUGUCGUUUUACCUACUUUUGUCUCUUUCUCAGCCGCGAGGACAAGGCCCACAAAGACGCCGUUCUAAUCCCACUCUCGGAGGAGUUCGUGACUUGUGGCAAGGUUUUCAAGGAUAUAGCUCAACUCUUUGGCGAGCCGGAGGACAAUCUUGUUCUUCCAUGCCCAUGGUCCGUCGAAGAAAUUCAAUUCACCGAGCAGGUCUUGCAAUUCAUAAUCCACAUCGCACGAUUCUGUCACUUGGACUCCAUCUACGCAGGCUCUUAUUAUGACUGGUUCCGGCUGAUUGUAAGUGCGAUUAAGGGGGAUUUUAAUACCGUUUUAACCUUUAGCACUGUUUCCGUGGCCGAUUCCGAAUCAAGCCGUUUACCUGUCCAUCUGUCAUGGCCAUGCUUAUCAAGAAUCGAAAGGUCUUCGAGUUCUACAUCCUGGACUGUAACAUGGCGUUUGUUGAUGUUCUUUAUUCACUGCAGUAUCUCGAAAAAUCGGUUCAUCCCUGUCUCCGAUUGGAUUAUCCAUGGGACUUUGUGGACGUCAAGUGGAUUUGUGAAGCCUAUCGGAGUGUUCAACCACCCAAACCGGAUCCGGAUCAAAAGAAAUUCGUCGAGGUACGACCCGGUUUAAAUCCUAAUUAUGACCGAGAAAUCUGA